CUACCAUCCAAUCGACUAAAAGCGAGCGCAAAGAAAUCAACUGGUUAAUACUAGCUCAUUAAGAAGAUAUUGGAAAUUGGAAUAAUUUUAGCGGUUGUAGGGUUAUUACCGCAUAAAAUAAACGUGUACGUCACACCAAUUGAUGCACUUUAUGGACGGAAAGUGCUGAAACGUAGCUUCGUAAUGACUUCGCUAAAAUACAAAGAAGGGGAAUUCGAAACAUGUGAUUGGUUUUUAAGCACACAAACACAAAGAUCUGUCUCUGGACUUCAAUCAGAUUUGUUAGUCGCAAAUAAUGGAUUCUUAGUUGAUAACCGUACACAACGGUUUGUAGAGCGUUACUUCAAUGCAUUCUAUUUAGUUGAUGUUGGUGGAGAGUUAGAAAACGAUAUCUGUGUACUAAGACAUAGCAAUACUUUGUGUGUCGUUGGUCUUGCUUGUGGACACCAUAUUUUCAAAAGAUGUGUCGUGGACUCAUCUGGUGUCUGUUCUUCGCUAACACACGAAAUUUUAGGAGUAGAUUAUCAGGUUUCUAAUGGCUUAAAUCGUUUGAAAAACAAAGUCAAGGGCCGUCGUAAACAUGGCGGUCAUGUUUUGUAUAAAUCUACAGAUAUUCUGGCUUAUGCUAUUUGUGAUCGUGGAAUAAAUCAUCCUGUAUCAUGUGGCAUUCCAGGCAAUCUUUUGGAGGUCAAUAAUUCUUUAGACAUUCAGAAAAACGAACCCAAUCCUCCUAGCUCGGAAGGUUUAAACAAUUUAACGUCAAGAGUAAAGUUAACUCCUUUAAUAGGGAAUGGAAGUACUGUUAAUGUCGGUACCUAUCUAUCCAUUAUAUUGCCAAAACCAAGAUCAGGGAAACAUCAAAGUGGGAGUAUAGCUGAUAAGUUAGAUGAAUCCAUUUUAUUGGCUGAUUCUCCCGCUCAAAACUGUACAGCAUUAGUUGAUGAUGUUUCGGAAAAAUUCGAUUAUUUAACUCAAUCAAACUCUGCAGCACAGAUUGCCGAUUUUAUUUCACAGACAUCUCUUCCUAAAGAUCAAAAGGUACUUAACUGGGAUGAAUAUUCAGCCCUUCGACAAUGUACAUAAAUUAUUCUUUGACCUUAUUUUUGUACUCUAUUCUUACUUUUAGGUAAAUAUAAAUAUAUAUUUAUGCAUGA